CGGCGCGGAGGAGGAGGCAGAGGAGGAAGAGGAGGAGGAGGAGGCGGCGGCGGCCAUGGCCGAGGCGUCGCCGCAGCCCGGACGCUACUUCUGCCACUGCUGCUCGGCCGAGAUCGUGCCGCGCCUGCCGGAUUACAUCUGCCCGAGAUGCGAGUCUGGCUUCAUUGAGGAGCUUCCAGAAGAGACCAGGAGCACAGAGAACAGUUCCACUCCCUCCACAGCACCCCCUGAGCAGAGCAGGCAGUCUUUCGAGAAUGUGGACCAGCACCUGUUCACGCUGCCGCAGGGCUAUGGCCAGUUUGCCUUCGGCAUCUUCGAUGACAGCUUCGAGAUCCCCACCUUCCCCCCAGGCCCGCAGGCCGAAGAGACCCGGGACCCUGACACUCGGCGGGAGCGGGAGCAGCACUCGCGGCACCGCUAUGGCGCCCGGCAGCCCCGCGCUCGCCUCACGGCGCGGCGAACUACAGGCCGGCACGAAGGGGUCCCCACGCUGGAAGGGAUCAUCCAGCAGCUGGUGAACGGCAUCAUCACUCCGGCCACUAUCCCCAACCUGGGUCUGGGCCCCUGGGGUGUCCUGCACUCAAACCCAAUGGACUAUGCCUGGGGGGCCACUGGCCUGGAUACCAUCAUCACACAGCUCCUCAAUCAGUUUGAGAACACAGGCCCUCCGCCUGCCGACAAAGAGAAGAUCCAGACCCUCCCCACCAUCCCUGUCACAGAGGAGCACGUAGGCUCCGGCCUGGAGUGCCCGGUGUGUAAGGAUGACUACGCACUGGGUGAGCAGGUCCGCCAGCUGCCCUGUAACCACCUCUUCCAUGACGGUUGCAUUGUGCCCUGGCUGGAGCAGCAUGACAGCUGCCCCGUCUGCCGGAAGAGCCUCACGGGCCAGAACACGGCCACCAAUCCCCCAGGCCUGACGGGUGUCAACUUCCCCUCCUCGUCCUCCUCGUCUUCCUCGUCUUCACCGAGCAAUGAGAAUCCAUCCGGCAGUUCCUGAGCCUCCCCCACUCUGGGGCCCAGAUCAGAUGCCCAGCUCAUUGGGGGCAGGGGGUUGGCCCGCAGCUUCCACACAAACAGGGCUCCCCCCACUCCUGGACUGUGGGCCUUGCUGCCUUCCACAGCUGUAGGCAGUGGCAGGAUGUUCGCCAUCUCCGGGGACUGAGGGGAGAAGUGUGGUGCUCGGCUUCCUCCGAAGGGACAGCCAUGCUGGGGCUCAGGGGUUCCUCCCCCACCCCACCCAUGCCCCUGGCGCACCUUGGUCCCCGUUUGUCCACCCUCUUCCUCCACCUGUUCAGCAGCGGGAAAGGUUUUUAUAAUUUUAAAUUAUUACUGCUUUGGAAUAAACGGACGUUUAGCUCAUAUGAGCCAGGUGCAUGAUCUGUGGGGAGGCCCCUGGCGCCCCCCCCCAUCUCCAGGAUGUAAGAAUUCCCGUGCCUCUGGCCAGUGUGAGCCUCCAGUGGGAGAGGGCCAGGACCAGAACGAUGACCAGCAAAACCAGAAGUACAACUACAAAAAGAAAAAACUGCUCUGCAGACUUUUUUUAAAGGCAAGAAAAAAAUAAAUCUGUAUCUCAAAAGCUAUUUAAAAAUACACCUACUUAGAAAGCA